AUUUUGGAUUUCGAGAUUUUGGACAGCACCCCUUCUGAACAGAUUUCCUUAGCAUAUCGCAAAAAAAUCUUUCCUUAUGAAUACAUAGACUCUCAUGACCAAUUUAAGGAAACAGAAUUACCUCCGAUUCAUGAGUUUCAUAGUAUUCUUGGAG